AGGGUGAUUUUUUACCUCUAGUUCUUUUGGAAAGAGCAAAAAAAGAUCAGAUUUUGGAACCCUGAAAAGGAGUGUUCAGUUUUCCGUUGGAAGUUUUAAAAUGAAUAUGUUAAGAGCAGGUGCUUUCGGUUUUCAAGUUUCUGCUUUCUUCAAUCUUGUGAUUCCUCAGGAGACAAUAAUUUAGGGGAUGAUAGAUCUCUGUAUGCCCACGGUCAGCUCUGGUUACAGCGUCAACACAUCAUGGGGAGAGUUGUUGGGUUUUUGCCUUAUGUGGGCUGGGUAGCAAUAAUUAUGACUGAGAAGCCUAUUAUCAAGUAUAUUUUGAUAGGUGCUCUGGGGUUGUUGGUCGUCACAUCAAAAGACUAGGGCCAACCACACGCCGGUCUUCUCAUCUGCAAUGGGUCAAUGUGCGUGAGUCUAGUAUAGGCUAUAAAAUUAACGGUGCACUGCUCGCCAAAAUAUAUUCAAUGCAAUUGUUUUUCAGAAAAGAAAUGAUUCUUGGUUCUUGUGAGCAAGUCUUUUUUUUCUUCUAAUGCAAAUGAGUUUGUUCACUUGAGUGACUGUGGAUGAUUAUGGAUGAUAAAUGAGGCAUGUGAUAGAUCGGUUCGGAUAAAGUGAAGAUAUUUGUCACCCAUCGCCCGAUCUAUGUAUAUCAAAAUUUGAAGAGAUUAAAAUAUGGGCAGCAGACUACUCACUUCCUCAUUCACAACUAUGGAAUGGAUCCGUCGAUACCAAGUCUUUUUUGUUUCCAUUUGAGGGUUCAAUUUUCUAAUCUCUACUUCUGAUUCUUUUUAAAAAACAAUAAAGCAUAAAGUACAAGACCUAAGUAUCAUUUAAGCAUAGAGAUGUGUGGUAGUCUACCUUGCAUUUGCUUGCAGUCUAGCUAGCAUCAUUGAAGCAGUGAACCUUUUUUGCGAAGAAGACGAAGUGUGGCAUCCGACAACUACGGGUCUUGCAGCUAUCUCCUAAUGCGUUGGUAUCCGUCGUCUACCUCCUCUUGCGUCUCGCGCCCAACUCCUCUCGUGUCGGGAACUCCGUACAAGCUUAGCUGAUCUGAAUAGAUCGGAUGGUACAUGAUAUACAAAAAGGAUGAUGGAUGGAUCGAGUGAAGAUUCAGAGUUACGGGAUAGAUAAGGGUGAAGCUCUAUCCGAUGACCGAACCAAACCCGACUCAUUACCAUCCCUGCUAAUUUGUGUAUCAACAACCGUAAAAUUUUAUUGCUGCAACUAUUAACAAUAAGUCUUCGUACUUUGAGAAGAAAAAAAUAUCUAAACAAUGACUUCCACCGUCCUAAAAAUAUCGUUCUUUUUUUAAUAACAUAUAGGAAAAGUAAAAAAGAGAAGCAGAAGAAGAAAAUCACGAGAGUAUCCUCCACUCCAACCUUCCUUUUAGCUUCGGCUCCGAGCCGAACAUUAACUUGACCGUUGUGGCUUUGCCAUUAAAUCCCAUUCAAAAUCCACCGUGAAACCGCCUUCUCCGCCAUAAAACCUCUCUCUCUCUCUCUCUCUCUCUCAAUUCAAAAUUCUGCUCUCUUCAAUUCUCUGAAAAUGGUGUCCAAGAAGACCCCGGCGAAGUGCAUCAGGGCCCACAAGAAUCAUCUCCGGCGAGGCCGGAAAAGGUCCCCGAUCAAGAAUCCGGCCACAGCCACCGUCGCGUCCGUCGUGGUCGCCUCCAUCAACAAGUCCCUCUACACCUGCCGCGGCCGCCUCGUCAAGAUCUUCUCCAAACUCAAUUGCAUCUCCGGCACCCCAAAGAAGAAAACCCCAAUCAGAAAACGAAGCAACUACCAGAUUCUCCAGAAACUCCCCCAACCAGAUCUCCGGCGUGCUCUGUUCGACAAUGACGAAAUUACCCUCCCGCCCCUCAUCACCCCCGGAAAAAGCACAGUCUUUCUCGAUCUAGACGAGACUCUGAUCCAUUCCAGCACAAACCCACCGCCGGAAAAGUACGAUUUCGCCGUCCGCCCGGUAAUCGACGGAGAACGGGUCGAUUUCUAUAUUCUGAAGAGGCCAUUCGUGGACGAAUUUCUCGAAUCUUUAAGCAAAAAAUUCGAGAUUGUGGUGUUCACAGCAGGGAUAAAGGAGUAUGCCUCUCUGGUUCUGGACAAGCUGGACAAGAAGAACUUGAUUUCACACAGACUGUACAGAGAUUCUUGCAAGGAAUUGGACGGGAAAUUUGUGAAGGAUUUGUCUGAUUUGGGGAGGGACAUGAAGCGGGUUGUGAUCGUAGACGACAACCCGAAUUCGUACGCGUUGCAGCCCCGAAACGCGGUCCCGAUUCGCCCGUUCACGAACGAUCUUGAAGACGGAGAGCUGAAGAGGCUAAUGGAGUUCUUUGAUGGGUGUGAUGGGGUUGAGGAUAUGAGAAUUGCUGUUCAGGAUUUUCUGUGUGAAGAUGGUGAUGACUGCAACAAUGUGCUGGUGGAAGAAACCCCAAAAAGCCAUUCAAUGAAAAAGCUUUAGAAUUUCUACUAACAGAAACAAAUAAAUCACAGGAAACCAAUUAAAACUCAGAAAUCAGUCUGAUCCAACCAUCGAAGGAAGAAGAAGAAAAACAAAUUUCUUUUUUGCUUUUUGUUUUGUCAAUUGCAAACGGAGACCUGUGAGGGCAAUCUGGAAGCUUCGGUCCUGGAGAAGCAUAAGUCAUCGAUGACGUCACUACGGCACCACCGACAAUCCUGCCUCUGCGAGCACUGAGAUCUGGAUCUGAUUUCGAGGCAGUCGGAUUGCGGGCUCCGGUUCGCGGCGCGGCGGAUCCCUAGAAGUCUCCGGGCAGGAUCCGAGACGACGGCGUCUGCGGGGAUUCGAGAGACCAGGAGAAUGACGGAAAAGAAAAGGGCAAAAGCUUUAACGGCGAGUGCCAUUUUCGGAGAAAAAAGUAGGGAUAAAACUGCGUAGGAAAACCCCUAGAUCUAUAUCCAUUAAGAAUUAUAUUUGUUAUUUGUUUUUUGAAUACUACAGAAAAAAAAAUAAUGCAUCAAUGGUUGAAGAACAACAUAUAGGUGCUCUGAGA